CAUUUCAGAAGUUGGACCGGAUAGUCGUUGACCGGUCUACGUAAAAUAUUAAAUACUGUGUCGUUUUUUCGUAAUAACUGUGUGUAUUCUAAAUAAUUACUUACUAAUUGUGAUAUUGUGUUAGUUCUAUCGUCGCUCGCAGUGAUUAAUUAACGAAUAUAAAGAGAGCGUGAAUUUGCAUUGGCAUUUUUAUUGUUGCCAGGCCAAUUGCAGCAACAAACGGUUAAUUUGGUUUGUCGGAGAAGAGAGUGAAUUGAGAGAAGAUUGCCGAUGACCUCGACCGUACACAAUUGACAAUAGACGAUUUGUGGAAGAUUCGCUGAUAGUGUUGUUGUUGCUGCUGCUGUGACAGUGAAUUGUAAAUUUUAAUAAAGAAGGCAAUUGCAACAGGGUGUGUUUCGAAUUGCUUUUCACUCCAAAUUCUGCAUUACCGUUAGGGAGAAGUAAUCGCAGAAGUGAUAACUGUGCCUAACUCACAAAUAUUCGAAUAUUAUGAACCGCACCAGAAGAAAACUUGUACGACCAAAGAAUCCUUACGAAAGUGCAAAUGCCUUCUCACGAUGGAGCUUCUGGUGGAUGCGGGAUAUGUUCAAGCGCGGUCUGCAGGGUCCUCUUUCGGAUGAGGAGCUGUACCAGCAUAGAAAGACACUCGACAGCGGGCGGCUGACGAAAAAAUUUAGUGAUUUGUGGGACGAUGAGCUGAAGCGAAGUAAUCCCAGUGUAAUCCGAAUGAUAUUGCGAGCAUUCGGUUCCGUGUUUAUUCCUCUAGGAUUAAUAUAUGCAAUUAUGGAAAGUUGCUGCAAAGCCCUUAUGCCAUUGUUUCUGGGCGGCUUAGUCGGUUAUUUUGCCGCGGAUCAGACGAGUAUAACCGAGUCGGAUGCGUAUUAUAAUGCAAUAGGCAUUGUGAUAUGCAUGCUGGUUCCUGUGAUAAUAUUUCAUUCGUUCAUCUUCUACAUUUUCCAAGUGGGCACAAAACUGCGCCUGGCCUUCUCAGGUCUCAUCUACCGCAAGUGCCUGCAGGUGUCCAAGAGUAGCAGCAACGAUGGACUUCGUGCUCGCGCCAUUAAUAUACUGUCCAACGAUCUGGGUCGAUUCGAUGUGGCGCUAUGCUUUCUGCACGACACUUGGAAGGGACCCUUGGAAUCGAUACUGAUUGGUUAUCUCAUGUACCGAGAGAUUGGACUGUCUGCCGUCAUUGGUGUCUCAUUCAUGCUUAGUUUCAUACCGCUCCAAGCGUGGGCGGCCAAGAACGCAGCCUAUUACCGGGAGAAGACAGCGGAGCGUACAGAUAUGCGUGUCAAGCUGAUGAACGAGAUCAUACAGGGUAUACAGGUGAUCAAAAUGUACGCAUGGGAAAAGUCAUUUGCCCGCAUCGUUGCCGAAGUGCGUCUCAAGGAGGUGCAGGCCAUAAAGGGCACCAACUAUAUUCAUGCCGCAUUAAGUUGCACCUCAAUGAUCUCGCCACUGUCUGUGUUCCUAGCCCUAUGCUCCUAUGUCUAUUUGGGCGACGCGCUGACCGCCCAGAAGGUUUACACGGUAUCCUCGUACUUCAACAUGUUGAAUGAUUCCAUGGUGCAUUUCUGGCCACUCUCCAUUACGUUUAUUGCCGAGGCAAUGGUCUCGGCGAAACGAUGCAAGGAAUUCCUGCUGGACGGUGAUAGAGCUGAGUCUCCCAUCAAUCUGGAGAACGACACAACACAGUCGAAGAUCAAACGCCGACUAACCGAAGAGGAUAAGCUGAAGAAUGUCGAGCUUAAUGGAUCGCUGCUGACGAAUGGUACAUCGCAGCCAACCCAGACACAACACAGCCGCCUGCGAGACUACAGUCCCGAGACGACCAAGAAGUGUGUGAUAUUGAAGAACGUGACCGCCUCCUGGGGUGCUAGUGAUGGACAUGCCAACUGCGCCAUUGACAGCUUUAGCACGGAAAUUCAGGACCGGACUUUGACUGCAGUGGUCGGUCCAGUUGGCGCCGGCAAGUCCAGUUUCCUAAAUGUGCUGCUCGGCGAAGUGGGCAUUGUCCAGGGUGAGGCUUUUGUGCAUGGCAAGAUCUCUUAUGCCGCACAGGAGCCCUGGGUCUUUGAGGGAACAAUACGAGAUAAUAUUGUAUUCGUGGAGGACUAUAAUGAACGGCGCUACAAGAAGGUUAUCAAAGUCUGUGCGCUGGAACGCGAUCUGGAGCUGCUGCCCAAUGGUGAUCUAACUGUUGUUGGAGAGCGCGGCGUCAGUCUUAGCGGUGGUCAACGGGCUCGAGUUAAUUUGGCUCGUGCUGUUUAUCGCAAGGCGGACAUCUAUCUGCUGGACGAUCCGCUUUCCGCGGUCGACACUCAUGUGGGCAAACACAUCUUUGAGAAGUGCAUUCGCGACUUUCUGUCCAACAAGAUACGCAUACUGGUAACCCAUCAAGUGCAGUAUUUGUUCGACGUGGAACACCUGAUCCUGAUGUCUGCUGGCAAGGUGACUGCUCAGGGAAGCUAUCAGCAGUUGCAGCGUUCACGCCAGUUUCAGUUUCUGGAGCAAACGCACGACGAGAGUGGCAUCGAUACGCAUAGUAUCAGCAGUCACAUGUCCCGCAGCGACUCGGAGAAAAGCAUGGAUCAUCAUCAGCAUAAUCAGCUACUCCGGCCAGAUGAGACCGUGGAAGAAGUCAACCAGGAGCAACAAGCCGUGGGCGCUGUCAAAUUUAGUGUAUACGCUUCAUACUUCAAGGCUCUGGAAAGCACAUUUCUGCUGGGUCUAAUUAUGGUGCUCUUUGUUUGUGCCAGGAUUAUGCUGACGGGAGUGGAUUAUUUCUUGUCUCGCUGGGUUAUUUGGGAGGAAAACAUUGCGCUUAAUCGCACAGCCAAUGAGCCCAUCUUGAUGUCUAAUGCGACGGAAGAUGAGUCGACGAGUCCAGCGCCAGUUAACGAUACCCUUAAUAUGUCUAGUCGGUUGAGUGAAGCGAGCGUAGAAGAUAACAUUCGUCAGCAGCUGGUCUUAUUCUAUGCCGUCAUCCUUGGUGCCACUCUCAUCGUUUAUCUUAUGCGCACAUUUGGAUACUUUAAGAUGUGUUUACGCAUCUCCCUGCGCUUGCACGAUCGUCUCUUCCGCGGCAUCACUCGCGCUUCCAUGUACUUCUUUAAUACGAAUUCUUCGGGUCGCAUUUUGAAUCGCUUCUCCAAGGAUAUUCGCACAGUGGACACAGAUUUGCCGAGCACACUGCUGGAUUGCAUAAAUUUUGCCAUUGAUGUGUCUGGUGUUCUCAUCAUCGUGGCCAUUGCGAACUAUUGGCUACUGGUUCCAGCUGCUUUCAUGGUGGUGUUUCUUGGCUGCAUACGAUAUCUCUAUGUGAACACAAGUCGCAGUAUUAAGCGACUCGAGGGCAUAUCUCGCAGUCCGGUCUACUCGUUGACAAAUCAGACAUUCCAGGGUCUUACCACUGUACGAGCUCUGCAGGCGCAGGGCGCUAUGGAGAAUGAGUUUCACGAGUAUCAGAAUGCCAACACCUCGGCAUGGUUCCUGUUCCUUUCGUGUACACGCGCCUUUGCCUUGUGGUCGGAUAUGUUGUGCAUCGUUUAUAUGACAGCGGUUGUAUUCAGUUUUCUGGUGCUACGCAACGAAUUCAACAGUGGCGAUGUUGGCUUGGCCAUUCUGCACAGCACCACGAUGACGGGCAUGUGUCAAUGGGGCAUGCGUCAGACAGCCGAGCUGGAGAAUGAAAUGACGAGCGUUGAACGUGUCUUGGAAUAUACAGAACAGCCAUCGGAGCCGCCACUGGAGACGCCAGAGAAAUUCAAGCCAAAAACUGAAUGGCCCAGCAAAGGACGCAUUGAGUUUAUAAACUUCAAGCUGCGAUAUUCACCCAAAGAGGCGCCCGUGCUGCGGGAUCUUAACUUCACAAUUGAGUCGCGCGAGAAGAUCGGCAUCGUAGGCCGCACGGGAGCGGGCAAAUCCUCCAUAAUUCAGUCCGUAUUUAGACUGGCCUGCAACGAGGGCAUGAUACGUAUUGAUGACAUAGACAUUGAACAUAUGGGACUUCACGAUUUGCGUAGUCGAAUCUCAAUAAUACCCCAAGAUCCUGUGCUGUUUUCGGGCACCUUACGCUAUAAUCUCGAUCCGAUGGACGAUCGAACCGACGAGGAGAUGUGGAAAGCGCUGGGAGAUGUGGAGCUGCGUUCGUAUGUGUCCACGUUAAUUGGCGGCCUCAACUGCCGCAUGUAUGAUGGUGGAUCCAACUUCAGCGUAGGCCAGCGUCAACUGGUUUGCCUGGCCCGCGCCAUUCUACGUAACAAUCGUGUACUGAUACUGGACGAGGCCACGGCCAACGUGGAUCCAGAAACCGACAAGCUCAUUCAACAAACGAUACGAUCGAAGUUUGCCAACUGUACGGUACUCACAAUCGCCCAUCGACUACACAGCGUUAUGGAUUCGGAUCGUGUCCUGGUCAUGGAUGCAGGAGAAGCGCGCGAGCUUGGACAUGCAUAUGAACUUUUGCAACGGCCUGACGGAUAUCUUCGUCAACUGGUGGACCACACAGGCUCAGCCACUGCAUUUUCACUACAACAAAUGGCCGAGGAAAGCUACAGCAAACGGCUGAUGAACCAGAACGAGACUCCAGAGGAUCCCAAUAUCACACCGGCACUUCACGAGCAAAAGGAAUAGCCAACAAACUACAUACGUUCAGAUUGACACACAAACUUGAUUAAGAUUUAUAGGAUGGAACUGAAAGUAUUAUGAGCAUGCAUCAAAAAUAACUUACUAAACCUUAUGUUUUGUAGUUGUAACCGUGAUAGUUCUAUUCUGUAUAAGUAUGUACAAUGUACAUAUACUAGCGUGAUUACUUAACAUCGUAGGCGAAUUGAUGAAUUUAAUAGCUUAAGGUCUCCGAAAUGCCUUCAUAUGUCAAAGAACUCGAAAGCAAUUUGCCUCAAUCGAAAAAACUUAAUCAAAUUAUGCAUACCGUAUGCAAUUUUGUAAACUACACACAGAGUUGCUUAGCAUUCGUAGUAUGAAACUGAAAUUAUUAUAAGCACGCACAAAAAUAACUUGUACUUAACGUAAUGAUGUGUUUAGUAGUAGUAAAAGUCCAUGUUGUAUUCUGUAUAUGAGUCUGUAAAUAUGUAAUCGGAUAUAAGCGUGAUUCAUUGUUAACUUGUUACUUAAAUUUACUGAUGAAUUUAUGAAUGCAACUCUUUCGUUAGGAUAAUUUUAUGCCUCCGCUAUGUCUUCAUAUAUCAUAUAAGUAGAACACAAAUGCAAUUUGCACAAAUCAAAGCAAAUCAAACUAUGCCCUGUGCUAUUUUUAUAUACAGCAUAUUAUUCUGUAUACUACAGAAACUACUAUAUAAUGUAGAUUUAUGACAUUGUACUUAUGUAUUUACGUACCAAAUCUCAAUAAAGUGCCUGAGAACUAUUAUACCAACAAAA